CCAAUGAAACUCUCAUUCUUGCUGGAUUGUUUUGAAAAUAAUUGAGAGAAUAAAUGGAUUGGAGAUUUUCUAUUGGUCCAUUUAUUUGCCUUUUGCUUCUGUUGAAUUUCUGGCUUAAAAGUGGAAAGGUGUUCUAGACUCGUAGAAGCGUGUUUCAGUUUUCUUCUGUUACCUCUGCCACUGUCACUGCAAUCCCUCCUCCCUUAUAAAUAGUGAGAAUUAAGAUCACGCACAGAAAUCCGGAACGCAACAAUGGAUAGAGAAUCCAUAAUUGUUUACGCAAUUGGAGCAAUUGUGAUUUUCUUUCUCCUCAUCCAUUCACCAAAUAACAACAACCGCCACCACCACCACCGCCUCUUGCUCCACCGUGAUGAAAACCAAGAAUCGAACACUAACCAUUCACACACAUCUGAAGAGUGGGACGAAAACUUAAAUGUAACUGACACGAUUGUACGUAUAUUCCCGGAAAUCGAUGCGGACCCCACAGAUCAGUUUGUGGACCUCCACGAAUUAACUGAAUGGAACUUCGAGCAAGUUCAAAGAGAAGUAUUGCAUCGAAGUCAGAGAGAAAUGAACAUUCACGACAAGAACCACGACGGUUAUCUUUCCUUCUCCGAAUACGGUCCUCCAACGCCAGAUCCACACACCGGAAGCGCCACAAACCUCGCGCCGGAGUUCCACUUCCUUCAUUUCACGCCGCCGUGAGAAAACUUUUUUCGCCGCCGGCGAAUCUUCCUCCUCAAACCCAGCAGUGACCGGAGAUCACACCACCAUACGCGAAACCUCGCU